AUGCUCGACUUAUCCAUCCUGUUGUUCGCAACUGCGGCUGCAGCGGCUGCGACAUUUCCUUCGCAACCUGCGGUCGAAGCCUACGCGCGACGGAAUUACUUUUACACGGAUGGGAAAUAUAUCAAUGCUGCGCGGAAUGGCGAGACGGCUCAGUACCUUGUAGGACAGGUCUACGUUGAACAGCUUGUACCUUUGAAGGUUCGGUAUGAGGUGCCGCUUUUGUUUAUUGCUGGGCUUGGACAGAGUGGGACGAACUGGCUCAACACACCCGACGGCCGCGAAGGAUGGGCGUCCUUCUUCCUCCGUCAAGGAUACAUCGUCUACCUCGCCGACCAAGCCCAGCGCGGCAGGUCCCCAUGGCUCCCAGACGAGGGCAACAUGUCCCAAUUCUCCGCAACUCUCAUCCAAGAACAGUUUACCGCCCCUCAAGACUUCCCAUCGUACCCGCAGGCUAUCAAUCACACGCAAUGGCCCGGAUCCGGACGAAUCGGAGACCCUAUCUUCGAUGCGUUCAUGAAAUCGCAGCUCCAGGUCCAGACGGACACUGAAAUGCAGGCGAUGUAUAACAACUUGUCUUUUACUGCCUUGCUCGAUGAAAUUGGACCGGUAAUCGUGGUGCCGCACUCCGAAGGCUGUAUGCAUACAUGGCAAUUAGGAGACGCUCGUCCAGAGCUCGUCAAAGCUAUCGUCGCCCUCGAACCCCUGGGACCCCCUUUCGCGGAUUACGGCGGUCCACCGUUUAGUCCCGAAUGGCCCAAGUCCAGCUCUGAAAAGAGACCUUACGGCAUCACCAUACUACCCCUACACUACAACCCGCCAGUCACCAACGCCUCACAACUCACACGCCAGUACCACCCUCCGCCAUCUCCAGAUCUAGCCCCUUGUACUCUCCAAAAAGACCCAGCACGUCGCUUAACCCACCUGUCGCAGAUUCCGACACUCAUGUUGACGACACAGGCGUCGUAUCAUGCUGUGUAUGACUACUGCACGGCGGAGUACUUCAAGCAAGGUGGAGUGGAUGUUGAGUGGAUUCACCUGCCUAAUGUGGGGAUUUAUGGGAAUGGGCAUUUUAUGUUUUUGGAGAGGAAUUCUUUCGGGAUUGCGAGGUUUGUGGAGCCUUGGAUUGCGAAGAUUGUGCGGAGGAAAUGA